AUGGGCCCCGACACCUGUCCCGUCGACCAUAAGAGCCGUGAGGCGUGGCUCGAGCAGGCCAGAGCCGCCGAAGCCUCCAAAGCCGCCGCUGCCGCCUCCUCUGCGAAGCAGUGUCCCGUCGACCACGCAGCACAGCCGUCGUCGCCAUCCUGGACCUCGCGCCUCUCGUCGCUCCUCUGGUCCACCCCCACAGCAGGUCCCGAGGCAGCGCCCGCGACGCAACGGAGCGGCUCCCGUCCCGGCCUCGAGACCGAUCGCGUCAUCUCCACCAUUCCGCGCGCGGCCGGCGACCCGGAGGCCUGUCCUGUCGAGCACGGCUCGUCCGCCAACCCGGCGAACCACGAAGUCGAGUCGGGCGCGGACGUGGCGUCGGGCAACUGGGUGUACCCCUCGGAGAAGAUGUUCUUUGACGCCAUGAAGCGCAAGGGCUACGACGCGCGCGUCGCCGACAUGAAGACGGUCGUGCCCAUCCACAACGCCGUCAACGAGCGCGCAUGGAAGGAGAUCAAAGAAUGGGAGGCGCCCUAUCUCGCCAAGUCACUAUGUGGUGGACCGAAACUCGAGUCCUUUGCGAAUAAAAUGGACCGCAUGACGCCCACGGCGCGCUUCAACACGAUUCUCGGCUUCACGGCCCCCUUUGAUCGCCACGACUGGGUCAUUGAUCGCUGCGGCACCAAGGUGGAAUAUGUCAUAGACUUUUAUGCUGGUCGCCCGGGCGGCUCGACGCCCGGCCCCAGCUUCUACCUCGAUGUGCGCCCAAAGCUGAAUACCUGGGAGGGCGUUAGAAUGCGCGCGAUGCGCUGGGCGCAUCUAGCUUGA